UUUGACCCAAGACUUGAUAUAAUAACUGCAUGUAUUGUUAAUUAUUAAUAAUGCAAUGGGAACUUAUAUGGGAUAAAUAAAGAAAGUAGUAAUUUGUUAGGAAAAGUUUUAAAAAUGGAAUACGUAAAAAACUAGAAUUUUAUACAUAGUUUACAUAAUACGAAUAGUAUAAGUGGAAUCGCGUGUGUAACAUAGAUACAAGGUAAAGGUAUAUACGCAACGAAUUUAAAUAAUACAAUUUGAGUGAAUAGUAAUAACAUUUUCGACGAACAUGUCGAAUAUAAUAAAGAUAUAUCAAAGAUUAUUAUCAAAAUAUCCAUUAAGCACUCAAGCUAUCCAAGCUGGUACAUUCAUGGCACUCGGGGAUCAGAUUGCACAAAAUGUAAUUGAACGAAAAAAAAUUAGCGAAUUAGAUUUUAUAAGAACAGCCCAGUUUGGAUGUAUAGGUUUUUUUAUUGCUGGUCCUGUAACAAGAACCUGGUAUGGAAUACUAGAUAAAUAUAUUGGUUCUAGAGGAGGAAUUGUAGUAUUAAAGAAAGUAUGUUGUGAUCAACUGUUCUUUGCACCUUCAUUUUUAUUAGUUUUAUUAUCUACAAUUGGUAUGUUACGAGAAAGUGAUUUAGAACAUGUAAAAACAAAAUUAAAAAGUGAAUAUCCUGAAAUUUUAAAGAAUAAUUAUAAGAUCUGGCCUACUGUACAAUUAUUCAACUUUUAUUUUAUACCUUUGCAAUACCAAGUCUUAAUAGUACAAGCAGUAGCUUUGUUAUGGAAUACUUAUAUUUCAUAUAGGACUAAUUCAGGGAAAGAAUAGGUAUGUGAAAUAUUUAAAAAUUUUUAAACAUACAUGAUUUAUACUUGAUCUUUGUAAUACAAAUUUUCAUAUGCUCGAAUUUUUUGAUCUGAGAAUUGUACAUAGUAGAGUAAUAGAAAAAUGGAUACCUUUUGAGAAAUAAAAAUAAACAAUAAUGUUGAUCAUAAACAAUAUAAUAUUGGUACAUAAGAAACUAUAGUAAUACAAACAAUGGACAACCGUGUCCUUUUUACUUUUACA